GAGCUUCCACCCAGAAUUCCAAUGCAGUGGAACCAGAAAAACAAGUUGACAGCACAGUGAAAAUGGCCGGAGUUAUAGCUGGUCUUCUGAUGUUUGUUAUUAUCCUCUUGGGAGCAAUGCUUACCAUCAAGAGAAGAAGAAAUGCCUAUUCCUACUCCUAUUACUUGAAGCUAGCCAAGAAGCAGAAGGAGACUCAGACCAGCACGCAGAGGGAGAUGGGUCCCGUGGCUACUUCUGACAAGACCUCUACCAAACUCAGUGCUGUUCACAAUGAAGAAGCUUUUUCUUCCAGCUGCCAAGAUGUUAAUGGAUUCACAUCACCCUCUCCUUGUUCAUUUUCUGUCCAAAGCAAAACCCUUCAGAGCAAAUCUUUGUUGAAUUCCUACUACUCAGUAUCAUCAGACACUGUUCCAUCAACCACGCUGUUAGACAGCAGCCAUGGAGAGAUGACCCAGCCAACCCUGACUAUCCAGACCCACCCGUACCGGAGCUGCGAGCCGGUGGAAAUGUCCUACCCCCGGGGGCAGUUCCAGCCAGCCAUCCGAGUGGCCGACCUGCUGCAGCACAUCACCCAGAUGAAGAGAGGACAGGGCUAUGGAUUUAAAGAGGAGUAUGAGGCACUACCUGAGGGGCAAACGGCAUCCUGGGAUACAGCCAAGGAAGACGAAAACCGCAAUAAGAACAGAUAUGGAAACAUAAUCUCCUAUGAUCAUUCAAGAGUGAGAUUGCAGCUGCUGGAUGGGGACCCUCACUCUGACUACAUCAACGCCAACUACAUCGACGGAUACCACCGGCCUCGCCAUUACAUUGCAACUCAAGGGCCGAUGCAAGAGACAGUGAAGGAUUUUUGGAGAAUGAUUUGGCAAGAAAACUCUGCAAGUGUUGUCAUGGUCACCAACUUGGUGGAAGUGGGCAGGGUAAAGUGUGUUCGAUACUGGCCAGAUGACACAGAGGUCUAUGGAGAUAUUAAAGUCACGUUAAUUGAGACAGAACCUUUGGCAGAGUAUGUCAUACGCACAUUUACUGUACAAAAGAAAGGCUACCAUGAGAUCCGAGAGAUUCGGCAGUUCCACUUCACCAGCUGGCCGGACCACGGGGUUCCUUGCUAUGCCACGGGCCUCCUGGGCUUCGUUCGUCAAGUGAAGUUUCUCAAUCCCCCAGAAGCAGGACCCAUUGUUGUGCACUGCAGUGCUGGGGCCGGGAGAACAGGGUGCUUUAUUGCCAUCGACAUCAUGCUUGACAUGGCAGAGAACGAAGGCGUGGUGGAUAUAUUUAACUGUGUACGAGAGCUGCGCUCCCAAAGGGUCAAUUUGGUGCAGACAGAGGAGCAGUAUGUGUUUGUCCAUGAUGCCAUUUUGGAGGCAUGUCUCUGUGGCAACACGGCCAUUCCAGUUUGUGAGUUCAGAUCCAUAUAUUACAACAUCAGCAGACUAGAUCCACAGACCAACUCCAGCCAGAUAAAAGAUGAGUUUCAGACUCUCAAUAUUGUGACACCACGGGUUCGGCCGGAAGAUUGCAGCAUCGGUCUUCUGCCAAGGAACCACGACAAGAACCGCUGCAUGGAUGUGCUGCCCUUGGACCGAUGCUUGCCUUUCCUCAUCUCUGUGGAUGGCGAAUCAAGUAACUACAUCAAUGCUGCACUCAUGGAUAGCCACAAGCAACCUGCUGCCUUUAUUGUAACCCAGCACCCUUUGCCCAACACCAUAGCAGACUUCUGGAGGCUGGUGUUUGAUUAUAACUGCUCCUCUGUCGUGAUGCUGAAUGAGAUGGAUGCAGCACAGCUCUGCAUGCAGUACUGGCCAGAGAAAACAUCCUGCUGUUAUGGCCCGAUUCAAGUAGAGUUUGUAUCAGCAGACAUUGAUGAAGAUAUCAUCAACCGGAUAUUUCGGAUCUGCAACAUGGCCAGGCCCCAGGACGGAUAUCGCAUAGUUCAGCACCUGCAGUACAUUGGCUGGCCAGCAUACAGGGACACCCCUCCUUCCAAGCGCUCCCUCCUGAAGGUGGUCAGAAGGUUGGAGAAGUGGCAGGAACAAUAUGAUGGGAGAGAUGGACGGACUGUUGUCCACUGCCUGAAUGGUGGGGGACGCAGCGGCACCUUCUGUGCCAUUUGCAGUGUGUGCGAAAUGAUCCAACAGCAAAAUAUCAUUGAUGUGUUCCACAUAGUGAAAACGUUACGGAAUAACAAAUCCAACAUGGUGGAGUCACUGGAACAGUAUAAAUUUGUAUAUGAGGUUGCACUGGAAUAUUUGAGUUCCUUUUAGCCCAGCAGAGGGAGAGGAGCCUCCAAAACACCAGACCCCAGUCUCUGGCAGAUGCUUCUCCCCUCUCCCACACUGGAAGGCAGUAACAAGUGUGGGAAGGAAAACCUCUCCUUUCCGGAGCAAGAGACUGAGAUUGCACAGACCUCGCUGGAAGGAGGAGAAAAUGCCUGUGUUCGCUGCUGCCUGCUUUCUAUCAGAACAUCUACCGCUUCUUAAAUAACCUACUGUAAACAUUAGCAGAAUGGGAGACAGGCUGAAAGACUGGACUUUCUAAUCCCCUCUGACUUCUUCUUUCCUCUUUUGGAUUGUAUUUUUGCUCUCCUUGCUGCAGAGUGGGGAAGGAAUGACACCCUUAGGAAAUUCUCUUUUAAAUGUCUCCUUUUUAAUUUUAUUCUCAAAUCCCAGUCUUUAAUUUUUUUAAUUUCAUGCAGCAGUCAUUUGGGAAAAAUGAGAUAGCCAUAGGGGAUAUAUGAAAUGUUUCAUUACCAUUUGUCUACCUUAUCUGUUUCCUUUUAUUUGUUUUUCAAAAUGAAAAG